CUUCUGUCACUCCAAGGCAGAGUCAGCAGAGGGAAGCAGAACUUUUUCUCCUCUUCCUGCUCUCAGAGGCCUCUCAAGAUGAACUGUGGAAGUCCUGGGCGAUGGCCCUUCUGUGGCAUGACUUCUGCGGCCAUCCUCCUGGUUCUGUGUCUCCACCUGCAAGGUAUGGUUUGGUGGGGCUCAAGGGCUUAUCAUCAUUCAGACAUCAUCGAUGCAAACCCUCCAGGUGUCCCUAUUUUCCAGGGACAGUCCCGGAAUUAAAGAAGCUGUCCCGGUUUCUGAUUUGAUCAGGGAAUGCCCCGCUUUUCCUUAAAGGUAAAGGGACCCCUGACCAUUAGGUCCAGUCAUGGCCGACUCUGGGGUUGCGGCGCUCAUCUCGCUUUAUUGGCCGAGGGAGCCGGCGUACAGCUUCCAGGUCAUGUGGCCAGCAUGACUAAGCCUCUUCUAGCGAACCAGAGCAGGGCACGGAAACGCUAUUUACCUUCCCACCGGAGUGGCACCUAUUUAUCUACUUGCACUUUGACGUGUUUUAGAACUGCUAGGUUGGCAGGAGCAGGGACCGAGCAACGGGAGCUCACCCUGUUGCGGGGAUUCGAACCCCCGACCUUCUGAUCGGGAAAUCUGUGGUUUAACCCACAGUGCCACCCAUGUCCUUUUCCUUAGGAUGUCCCUAUUUUCAUUGGAGAACUGUUGGAGGGUAUGGAAUAGGACAUCCCCAGGGCUCCCCCCCCCCCCAGCCGGAACUCAGUUCCAGUACCUUUCAGGUGGGCGCCAUUGCCAUUAUGAGAGAACAAGGGAGGCUUUCGUGGUGAGUUCCGGCACCUCUUUUUCUAUAAAAAUAGCACUGGCCGUCCCUAUUUGCAGCAGAGAAAUGCUGGAGGGUAUGUAAAUCCUUAAUAGUCCCUCAGUCUAUCUUCUGAGCACCAGUUUCUGGAAACCGCAGUGGGCUCUUGUGCUCAGGUCCAGCUUGGCGGUUUCCCACUGGCAUCUGGGCGGCCGUUGUGAGAACAGAAUGUUGGAUACGAUGGUCCUGCAGGGUCUUCCUAGGUUCUUAACCUGACUCCUUUGCUAUUUGGGGUGCCCAUGUUUUAGAUCUGCUAAGUUGCCAAGGCAUUUUGGGCGUUGGGGGUGGGGCAGGCAAUGAGCUUUUGGCUCAGCCAAAAGAGGAUUUUCAGGCUGUGUCAAUCCUUGGUUGUCAGGCUCCCCUGUAAGUACAGGAAGCCAGGGAGACUGUCUGCUAUAGUCCCCCUGACAGCAAUAUGUUAUGUGUGUAUAAAAGUGUCAACUGACACCAGGUGAUUAGCAGGAGAGUGGUUCUGCCCAUCUGUCAACUUGGCCCUGGAGAUGCUUGAGACAGAACCCAUAACUUUUUGCAUGCAAGGCAUGCGCUCUACCACUGAGCAACAACCCUUCCCAUGAUGGCUUAGUUGCUUGGCGCAUGGUGCCAGUAACACCAAGGUUGCAGGUUCGAUCCCCAUUUGGGGCAGCUGCAUUUUCCUGCAUUGCAGGGGGUUUGACUAGACUUCCAACUUUACAAUUCUAUGAUUCUAUUAUUCUUUUGGGCUUUAACUGAAGCACAGAAAGCCAGGAAGUGUCUCAGACUGGUGUGCAUGGUUAUUUUGUUCAAGAAAAAUUCUCUUUUUAAAAACAACAACCCAUGCUGAUUUCUUUAAAAGGCUUCACUUAAAAACAACAAUAAACAGCUGUCAGUAGCGUUGGUAGAAAGUCUCCCUCGCCUCCUGUACUUACAAGGAAGCCCCGCUGACAGUGUCAGGUGGUUUUCAGGAAACACAAGCGCCCAGUGAAGCUACAGAGUGUAGACCCCUGGAAAGAGGAUUUGCAGAAUGGUAAAAAAAGGAAUGUUCACAAAUCUCUCCUCCACUUCAGAAGUAAGGUUACCACAACAAAAAGCUCAUAUCGUACCCCGCACACGAGAAUUUGACUCAAUUUCCCCCCUCCCCUUUGAUAAUUUUUGAAUGCAAUUUCUUUUCUCGCUAAUGGAUGGGGAAUGAUAGCAGGGGAAUGUGGAAGGAAAUUUGCAGCACUGCUCCAAUUGCAAAAAACGAGAGCUGGUCCACCCCUAGGGAAUGGCAUGGCACCGUGGCUUAAAGUGGGAGUAAGAAGAAGAAGAUCCAAUAUUCGUUGAUUUAUUUGCCCACUGUUUAUAGAACGUAUACCACCAUUUAAGGGUGGUUUACAAAGUGGUUAACAGCAUAAAAUCAUACGCUAGUAAUCAAACAAACAAGAAUCAGCUUGCACACCUAGAGCAGACAGAAUGAAAUGGGAGAUAAGAUGUAAAUGCAGGUGGAGAGAAGACUAGAAUCUUGAGAGUGGAUGAUGGGAAUGCACUAUUGCCAAUGCAGAUCAUUUCUUCCCUUUUCAUUUUUCCUAGUCUUGUUCUCCCCCCCUUCUCCCAUGUUUGCCUUUAUUGCGAUUAUUGCCAGCACUUGACCUGGAUCAUGUUAACACGAUGCUCUUGGCCUGCCCAUUGCCUGGGGCGAAUGUCCUAUAGGAGAGAUGAGUCCGUCCCUAGUGACGAAAGCCAUGCUUUUGUUUUAUUACUUAUAGAUUAGGAAAAUGUUUUGUGGCUGGGAGCCAGAAUUCCUGGGUAAUGUUCCAAAUGCACUCAGCGCUUGGGAAUGAGAGGCAGUAUCGAGUAUCAAAUUUGUGGGCGUGCCUGGUGCGGUGAUUAGCAGUUGCGACACUGGAGGAUAAGGCGUGAAUUAUUCUAAAUUCAGAUCAAGGCUGGUUUGUGCAGGGGAAAUGCAUCCAACGCAGCUUUUCAGAAGAAAGGACAGGAUAGAUCUAGAUGGUGGCUAAUGGCUUCCAAAACCAGCCAUGGGAGCAUAGUGGAUGCAUAGUUGCUGGAAAUCGCAAGAAUGCUCUUGUGCUUUUAUCCUACUUAUGGGUUUCCCACAGGCACCCGGUUGGCGACUGUGAGAACAGGAUGCUGAAUUAGAUGGGCGAUUGGCCUGAUCCAGCAGACACUUAUUGAGUCAAUUUCCAUAAAUGUAUCCUGCAGAAUGUCUCCAGUCACUGCACUGUAAAGCAGUGCUCCUUGCGCAGGUGCCAAAUUGGCAUUCAACACCUCUACUGUGCUUGCAAGUGUGCUACAAAUGCAGGCUUGCGCUCAUACGAUACAUUUGUAUGUACAGUGGUACCUCAGGUUACAUACGCUUCAGGUUACAUACGCUUCAGGUUACAGACUCCGCUAACCCAGAAAUAGUACCUCGGGUUAAGAACUUUGCUUCAGGAUGAGAACAGAAAUCGUGCUCCGGCAGCGUGGCGGCAGCAGGAGGCCCCAUUAGCUAAAGUGGUGCUUCAGGUUAAGAACAGUUUCAGGUUAAGAACAGACCUCCAGAACGAAUUAAGUUCUUAACUCGAGGUACCACUGUACUAUAUACACUAACGGAGCAAAUGUCUCAGAUAACUCCCACUGCCUCUUCUCACUUUGCAUUAUCCGAGGCUGCGUACACAUUGCCAUUUACUCUGGCUCCGGCGCACUCCCACUGCUGGCUUUUGAAUUUGUAAACACACAUUACCCAAGACGCAGAGAUACCUUGUGGUUUCUCGACAAAUACUGCCAUUUGAUGCAUUCCUCCUCAAACCAGCCUCAGCCCAAAAAAGGAAAACUUAAGGCACAUUUACUUCGCUGUUAAACGUUGGUGUGUACGUUUGAGCCAUUGCACGUGGGCAGACAACAGCUUCAUCAAUAGGGGUAUCUGGGGUUACAGCGGUGGGGAAACCAAAAGGAUGAUAUGCAUUGGAAAAAGACACUCCCAGCCUCUCUCUCUGGUGUGCACAGCACUGUGCGAUUGCAACUUGAAACGGAGCGGGGCCAAAUGAUCUUGCUGCAUUUAAAGCCACUGAUGUGCAUGUCCACAUUUGGACAAAAGGGUAAAAUGUGGGUGAGCAUAGAUCACAAUCAAUCAGCUAUACUCCAACACUCUAGGAAUCCUUCCCACCUACCCGCCCAAUUGCAACUAGGUUCUCAUGAGCUCUUAGGUUACCCCAACUUAGCAAACCCAGAAUGCACCAACUCCCCUUUUGUUCCAAUAAUUUGUUUGCUGCCAGGGGAGACACAGGAGGUGUUAGAGGAGGGAUGAGCAACAUCCCUCCAGAUUAGGGCUCCCCCCCCCAGCUGGAACUCACGCAAACUCAGUUCCAGCACCUCUCAGGUGGGCACCAUUGCCAUGAAAAGAGAACAAGGGAGGCAUUCAUGGAGAGUUCCGGCACCUAGAAAAAAUAGCACGGCUCCAGAUAUUCCUGGAAUACAACUCCCAUCAUCCCAGACCAUCAGCUAUAUACGGUAUGCUGAUUGGGACAGAUGGGAAUUGGGAGCUCAACCAUGUUUGGAGGAGAGGCACAGCUCUGCGAUGAAGGAGCUAGGCGUCCUGAUUCCUCUUUAAUGGAAAGCAUGGUGCCCUUGUUCCAGAGAGAUUUGCUCAUGUCAACAUUCCCACAGAAGGGCCCACCCCACCCCUUUCCCAGUUGCCCCUCCCUGACACACACAGAGCGUGUGAACUGAAAGCAAGCGUCCUCAAUAAGCCUUUGUUUGCUUUGGUUGUUGUGAGCGGCAGUCUGUGUUCUCCACACCCCUAGACUGCCACCCACGGGUUAUGGUACCCAGCCGACUCCUCCCAUCUUAGCAAACUGCUCUCCUGCCUUCCCUCCUUGUGCUUCCAAGAAUCUCGUCAUCCAUCAGAGGCCUCACUCAGCACAAGCUGAAACUGAUUUUAAAGAUCCUCGUGACUUGCCGUGGAAAGAAUGAUUCUCCAAUGUGAGCCUGGUAAUUAAGGUGCUUGACAGCAUUCCUGAGUGCCUUCCUUUCAACUCCAUUAAGAUGUAAAAAAUGAGGGCUGUCAUUCAGUUAAAGCGAUUUUGUGUUGAGUCAAUUUUACUGCAUCCCGAUUGCUGAACUGAGGGGCAGCCUAGACUUCUUUUAAAUUUUAAAAACCAAACGAAAACAGCAGUGCCUGGUGGACCUGAUUGGAUGGAAGGCAGGGAGGUCAACAAUAGGGGGAGCCAGAGCCAAUGACAGGCAAGUCUUGUCCCAGUCUUUCUCCCUUCUGAGUUUACAAGGGCAACACUAACUUAGGAGGAGGAAACUGACAGGUAUGGACCGGUUGUAAGUAAGAAGGCUGUCAAAUGGGAGCUGGCACACAGACAAUGGUGGAGCAAUAUACCCUUUUGCCGUAAUGGACCAGCUACCACUGUAAACAAGUGCACCUUUAAAAAAAGCAAAAGCAAGUAAUCGUUUAACUGACCCAAUUAAAUCUGCAUAAUAUUUGCACACAUGAGUGAAACGAAUUCUGGGAGCUGCUGUUAAGGGUGCUGAGAGUUAUUAGAAAAACCCCUACAGUAUUUCCCUCGCAGAGCUACCAUCUCUAGAGUUCCCACGUGAAGAGAGAUUUAUCGUUAAACCGCUUGGGGAACCUGCGAGGGUAACGGAGCGUCUCAGCUCCCUUAACAAACUACAGCUCCCAGAAUUCUUUGGGGGAAGCCACGACUGCUUAAAGUGGUAUCACAGUGCUUUAAAUGUUUGGUGCGAAGGGAGAUCCUUGGUCCACCUAGCUUCCCAUCGCUGUAUCCUCUAACACAGGGGUGGCCAACUCCCAAGAGACUGCUGCGAUCUACUCACAGAGUUAAAAACUGGCAGUGAUCUACCCCCUUUUUUGGGGUUCAGGUCAAAGUUGUUGACCUUUUUUAUAGGGAAGAGGAAAGCCUUUUUUGGGGGGGGAGUGCAGGGCUUUUUUUAGGGGAGCCAAAGUUGUUUUGCUUCUUUGGGGGGAGCCACUGAUCUACCAGUGAUCCACCACAGACAUCCAGUGAUCUACCAGUAGAUCUCAAUCUACCUGUUGAACAUGCCUGCUCUAACAGACUCCAGGAUUUCAACAGGGGGCUUGCUAUCUGAGUUUGUUCACCAGAAGUUAUUGAAGACUGAGCAGCUGGGCAGGGGCUCCACCACAAAACCACAGAGUGGGUUGGGCCUGGCUCUGCCCCUCUUCUCUCUUGCCAUUGUCUCCGUUCUGUGUCAGUGCCCCCUGAGCCUCCACACCUUUGACUUCACUGGCAGACUAAAGGCAACAGGACAGGUAGUCGUGGCAAGUCCCAGAAUGCCAUGGUACUAUUCCUGUAACCGGCCACUUUGUCUCUUUCUAGGCUCAGCCUCCAGAUGCAUCGAAGGGUCGUCUGCGGAAGACCUGCAGCCCUUGCCUCCUGGGGUCCAGCGGAACUCUCUGCCCAGCGGCCUCAUGCAGCCCGACGUCUCGUCAAUGGGGCGAAGAGAUUGCAUCCCUGAUGGAGGAGACACCCGCAUAGUGGGUGGCAGCCCUGCGACCUUUGGGGGACAGGCAGGGGGGUCUUCUACAACUGGCCCCAGUUCACCAGGGGCAAGCCCCUUCCAAUCUGGCAAGCCAAGCCGGCCUGGGCUGUUGGGGUCUAUAUUUGGAGGGACGCUCCCUCCUCCGUUAUGGGCACCAAAUGUGAAACCUGGCAUGCCAGGUUAUGGGGCUGGCGUUGGGUCAUAUGGCUAUGGCCCUGGAUAUAACAGCCAGGGUUUUCCCCGCCCAGUGUGGAAGAGACCUGGGUUCCCUUACAUACCGACUGCUGAGGAGCGGGGUGGAGGCUACAUCCCAAUACGAAACGAGCCACCUAGGCUAUAUCCAUACGGCGGCGGUGGAGCAGUGGCAGGGGGAUCGACUUACAGCGGCGGGUCCAUAGCAUACGGGCCGAGGGGCACGUAUGACGGCAGCUAUGGGCCCGUCCCUGCAAGUGUGCAGCCAGGCGGACAGCGAGACAGCGGGGAUAAAGAAAACCCUUGCACUCAAAACUGUUAGGGCAAAAGGCUGGUCCACAUCCUGGGAACUUGAGGCAGGGUGGGUGGAAUGUCAGCUCAACUCUUCUGAGAGGAGUAUGUGAUCUUAGGCUGUGUUUCCCCCCAAAAUUUUAGGACCCCUACCCUUAAAAAAAUAAAAUAAAACACAUUCAAAAGACACGGUUAUGAGUCCUCCUAUCCAAGGAGUUUUCAGAACUUUUGCCUAACAAAUAUGCUCCAAACCGCCAUAGAGCUACAAGAGUUUUCUGGAGGAAUCAGAGAUGGAACCCUGACGGUCAUCUAACCCAAGGCAGGAAUCUCAACCAAAGCACCCCUGGCAGAUGGCCGUCCAGCCUCUGCUUAAAAACCUCCAAGGAAGGAGAGUCCAUCUCCUCUCAAGGGAGUCUGUUCCACUGUCAGACAGCUCUUACUGUCAGAAAACUCUUCCUGACGUUUGGUCGGAAUCUCCUUUCUUGUAAACUUGAAUCCAUUGGUUUGGGUCUUACCCUCCAGAGCAGGAGAAAUAAGCUUGCUCCAUCGUCCAUGGGACAGCCGUUCAGAUGAUUUGAAGAUGGCUAUCAUAUCUCCUCUCAGUCUCCUCUUUUCCAGGCUAAACAUGCCCAGCUCCUUCAACUGUUCCUCAUAAGGCUUGGUUCCCAGACCCUUGACCAUCUUGGCUGCCCUCCCAUGGCAAUCCAGUUUCAAAUUUGUAGGUUAGCUGUUUCCCAAUCAAUGCCCCCUUGCUUCUUCCAUUAGGAAACCCUCCCUUCUCAACCCUCCUUGGUAGCCCAGAUCCCAACGCAAAAUCACUUGCUCUCAGCUUGCUGGUGUCACAAGUCUGUCCCAGUCCCCCAUGUCUGAAACAGUGGCCCAGUAGGUUAAAGUAUGUCAUAUGGAAUGACUUGUCCAGUCAGACGCCAAAAUCCUUUGCUCAGGCAAUAGUUGUUAGCUCGUCGCUUGAUUAAGAACCAGUUUACAUGACCCAGUUGGGCAGGCUGUGUCUGUGCCAACGUAAUUGAAGCCGACGGCCAUCUUGGAUCAAGCCUGCAUAGCGUAGUGCAGCCCUGAGGGGAGUUAAACCUGCCUGAGAUGCCAAAAUCAAAGGGGCUGUUUGUAUCAAAAUUGUUUUAUAGUUGCUUGUGAUGUCGGCCUGAUUGUUUUGUGCAUCUCUCUUUUUGAAGCAGAAUGUAUUAAAGAACCUCUGCCACCUCUUGUCACCUGCUUUUGUUAUGUACUAUUAUGUCACUUGGAAGCAAAGCCUUUUUUUUGUAUUCUUGUCGGGCCAAAAUGCUUGUAUUAAAAUCCUAUGUACUGUAA